AUGAGCACGCCAGAUGACCCGCAAAUCAAAGACUCAGCAAGCACGCCGCCGGCGUCAUUGCAGGUCCCCUCAGGCCGGAAGGGCACCAAGAAAGUUCGGACUGGAUGUGUGACCUGCAAGAUCCGAAAAGUCAAAUGCGACGAGACGAAACCCGCAUGUCUUCGCUGCACCAAGACAGGCCGGAAAUGCGACGGCUAUCUACCCUCUCCCGGUUCCGACGACAGCAUUUCUCGCUUGAGCCCGGCAGUCUCAGCCUUUGCCGACUGGGCCGGCGGCUCUAGAGAGCAGCGCGCGUUUGACUUCUAUCGCAACUUUUCCGCCCCAUCCAUAUUUAGCGACGGAGUCGCCUCGACUCUGUGGAAGAAAUUGGUACCGCACUUUUGUCACGCCGAGCCCGCCAUUCGCCAUGCCGUCCUCGCCAUCAGCAGUCUCCAUGAAACACUCGCGCUACCUUCAAAUUCGGAUCCAAUUACUGAAGAAGCAAACAACCCUCGUGUGCUUACCAACACUUUUGCAGCGGAGCAAUACGGCAAGGCCUUGAAGUGCCUUCAGGAGUGGAAACCGACAGCAUCAUCGCCGGCCACCGUACCGCUCUUAGCAUGCUUGCUGUUCAUAUGCAUCGAAUUUAUGCUUGGCGACGAGGGCGCAUCGCAGGUACACAUCAACCAAGGCCGCACCAUUUUGUCACAACUUGAGCCUUCUGCCGAUGUGGAUAUGAUUAAGAAGCAUUUCGUGCCCAUCUAUAGUCGACUUGGCCUCGCAUCUUUCCUCUUUGGGAGCUUCCCCGCCGCCAUACCCGCCACCCUUCAAUCGAGUCCGGCAACGAAUCUAUACUUUGCAUCCGUAGACGAGGCCGAAGUGUCAUUAUACGAACUCAUCGAUGACGGCUUGAGAUUCACUGCACAGGCCAAGAGAGCCGUAUAUUCCUACCAGCCAGACGACCCAACCUUGCUGGACCUGGCCCAUGAACAAGACGACUUUCUCGCACGGUUGACACGAUGGCACAUUGCAUUUGUGGUGGUCUCAGCCACCAGUACUGACGACAACCUGAGCAAACGAAAGUUGUGCAUGGUCUACUACCAUGCAGCUAGGAUUGCAAUCAGUACGGCCAUGGAUCCCAAGGAGAUUGCUUUCGAUACCCAUACCACAGCCUUUGCGUCAAUUGUCAGCAAUUCGGCAGAAUUUGUACAAGCCACACGCAAGACGGUUCGUGACCCGUCUGAAGCCGCCAAGUCGAUGCCCAAGUUUGUUUUCGACACCGAGGUCAUCCCGCCGCUCUACUACGUGAGCAUCAAAUGUCGGCACCCGAUGCUGCGGCGAGCUGCCGUAAGUCUCCUUAAGCAAGACGCUGUGACGAAUCGGAGGGAGAACCUAUGGGAUGCCCAAAUGCUGGCUGAGAUCGGCAAGCGCUACAUAAGUAUCGAAGAGGAGGCGGCGCGUCACCGCGAGGAAGCGUUUGACAUCACAGCUGGCUGGGACACGGCGUCUUGGGAGGGGUCCGAUGGCGUGCCGACCGGCCUCUUCCCAGCGGAAAUGGAAUCCGGGAUGGAGUGCGACUACCCCGUCCCUCGAUUCCAGUACCCGCAGAUUCCCAAAGCCACAAACUCGCAACAAAAUGAGGAGUAUGAGAGAACGCGGAUUCUUGUCAAUGAUUUGAUGCUGGAUAGCCACCUGACGCCCAGGUCUGCGUCUACGGGAUCAACGCCAUCAUCCGGGAGCAUUGGUAAUUUUGGCGCCUUUCAGCUCGAGCCGCCCUUUGGCCUUCCCGAGCAUGCGAGGAUCAAGAAUGCUCUAAUUGACAAUGAGCAGAGGCGAGGUAGCUGGGUGACAAUAUUCAUGGACCCCGAAGAGGCUGGGGCGACGAACUGGAAGGUUACCAAAGAGUUCAUAUCAAGGUGAAGUAUAACCUUACUUGUUUUGAUGAGCGACUUGAAUGGCCCGGUGGAUAGUUGUGCAAUCUGUGUUUUUGCAUUGAGCAGCGCGUUGAGGAUAGCAUACAAAUGGUUGAGAGCUUAGAAAACAUGCUGUUGAGUAAAUCAACGGCAAUGAAGAUAAUGAUUGACUGCGUAUUGAAAAGGUUGGGAACACGAUUGCCGAGUCUCGAAGGAACUUGAACCAUGGCUCAAGGCCUCUGUUCGCCUUUAGCUAUGUCUAGACAUGGUGCAGCAUUUGCAACUUCUUCCGUAUGAACGAGGGUCGGCGCCCUCUUGAUAAGCCCCGAUGCACGAUUGAUACUUCGUUAGUGGCCAUGGGCCCAUUCACUGAGCCGGUCAUCCACACCGCCUCCAGAACCUUCAAUACAAUUUCUUGAAUUAGAUUAAUGCAAAAUCGGCC